AUGGCCCUACUUUCUAGGGCAGAUGUCGACACAGGGUCGGUCCAGCCGCCCUUGUCGCAGACGGUUGGAUAUAUCGUCGUUGUGCUCAUUGGAGUUAUCAUCGCUCUAGUGAUGAUGCUGGUUACCAAGGUCCUGAAGAAGACCACUGGAGAGGACAACAAGAAGACAGAGAUGUUCAUGACGGCAAACCGGACAGUCCGAACAGGGCUUACUGUAUCGGCCGUCAUCUCGUCCUGGCUAUGGUCGACUGCCCUGCUUGGCUCGUCCUUUACUGGGUAUAACUACGGUGUCUCUGGUCCUUUUUGGUUUGCUGCUGGCUGCAGUCCGAUGAUUGUGUUCUUUGCCCUGCUCGGCAUUUCGUGCAAACGCAAGAUCCCUGAAGCGCAUACUUCGCUUGAGGUUGUUCGGAUUCGAUAUGGCCGCGUUGCACACGUUGUGUUCAUGAUUCUGUGUCUGGUCAACAACAUCUUCGCGAGCGCCAACAUGCUUCUCGGUGCUUCUGCUGUGAUUUCUGCAAUGUCCGGAAUGCAUAUCAUUGCCUCGACAUUCCUGCUGCCCGUCGGCGUCACGGUGUAUACCUUUGUCGGAGGUAUUAAGGCAACGUUUCUGACGGACUAUUUCCACACGACCAUCAUCCUGAUUAUUGCCUGCUAUUUCUCGGUCAAGGCCUUUGAGUCGGACCAGAUUGGGUCCGUUGGGAAUCUGUACGAGCUGCUCAAGGCGGCUGCUGUGCGCAAUCCGGUUUCUGGGAAUGAGAGUGGCACGUACCUGACCAUGACAUCGAAGGAUGGCAUUCUCUUUGGUAUUCUGCACACCUGCUCCAACUUUGGUCUUGUUAUUAUGGACACCAGCUACUUUAUCAAGGCAUUCUCUGCCUCGCCCAAAGCUGUGGUUCCUGGCUACACCAUCGGCGGAAUCAUGUACUUUGCCAUCCCCUGGGGUCUGGGUACAGUGAUGAGCUCAGUCGCUCUGGCACUCGAGAACCAGUCCAACUUCCCAACCUUUCCUCGAAGAAUGACCUCCUCCGAAGUCAGCAGCGGCCUCGUCCUGCCCUACGCCGCAAUCACAAUAGCCGGAAAAGGCGGCGCAGCAGCCAUACUGCUGAUGAUCUUCAUGGCCGUGACAUCGACGCUCUCAGCACAGGUCAUCGCCGUCUCGUCCAUCCUCAGUUUCGACGUCUACCGCGAGUACUUCAAGAAAUCCGCCUCAGACCGCGACGUGAUCCGCUCCAGCCAUCUAGGCGUUAUAUUCUUCGCAGCCUUCGCGGCCGGGUUCAGUACCAUGCUGCAUUAUGUCGGUGUUGAUCUCGGCUGGACUUUGUAUAUGCUCGGCGUGGUAACCUGCCCCGGCAUCUUCCCCAUGAUCUUCACAGUCCUCUGGCGCCGCCAAAGCAAAGCCGCCGCCAUCCUCUCGCCCAUCCUCGGUCUCGCCACAGGCCUCGCCGUCUGGCUAGCCACAGCAAGACGCUUCAGCGGCGCCGUCUCCGUCGCUGCCACCGGCGAAGUCCUACCCUGCGUCUACGGCACGGUCGCCUCGUGCUUCUCGCCUAUUCUGUAUUCGGUGGUUAUCACGGCGGUGCGCCCGCAGAAUUACGACUGGAAUGAGUUUAAGCGCGAGAAGCUGGCGCUGGAGAAGUUGGGGAGUGAUCUUACGACUGCUCACAGUGACGAGACACCGCAGCAGGGGGACGAAGAAGCGACAGAGGGGAGCGCUGCGUUCGAUGCAAAGGAGUUGAAGAGAUGGGGCCGGAUCGCGGCGUUCUGGUCUGCGGCGACGUUUUUGGGACAUUGGGUGUUGUGGCCGUUGCCGAUGUAUGGCUCGCAUUAUGUUUUUGGGAAGAAGUUCUAUGUUGCCUGGGUGGUUGUGGGUAUCAUCUGGCUCUGGGCGACGCUGUUUGUGGCCACGCUGUACCCGAUUUUCGACGGCGGGUGGCAGCAGAUUGUGCAGGUGUAUCGGGGGCUUCGUGGGCAGCAGCUGAAGACAGUGAUUUCGAGUGGAAAGGGUAAAGAUGAGGGUGAGGCGUCGCCGUCGGAUGGGUCGGUGAGUGAUGGUGUUGUGAAGGAGAGUAAGACGUAA